UUGGCUUGCCAAUAUGUGGGAAAAGAGAAAUACACGUUUAGAAAAGGUGAAUAAAGUAGCUGACCCUAAUAAUCUGCGUUUCCUCCUCUUUAACAACAAAUGGGUUAUGCUCUCUUUGCAUAGCCCGUGUCUUAUGACACUCUGGCUGUGAGAUAAAUGUUUUUAAUUGUAUAAAUGAAAAAUAAACAAGGAGGAUGUAUUAUGGUGUAAGCAAUGCAAAAGGAGCCUAGUGACGUGACGUCUUUCGUUUUAACAUCAAUUCUUGUUAACUUACAUCAGAAGAGUAACUUUGGAUGCUUACAGGACUAUAGCAUGACAUGGCUUCAGGGUCUCUUUGUCAUGGGUUAGGACAACCCUUCGGGAUCAAUAGAAGAAAUUCUUACUUUACUGUGAAAAAGUAUGGACUUUGUUGAACACAGCUGCUCAAGAGAAACAAAAAGCUUAUCUGGAACACAGUGCAUGAACCAGACAGGGUUAACUACAGAUAAUAUCAGUCAAAACUAUUCUGAGAAAGGCUUGGCGUGCAAAAUGGGGAUGACCAAACUAUCUGUCAAGGAUUAUAUGAGCUCUCUGCAUUUAUAUAUGGAAGCACCUCCCACAGCCAAAUGGGAUGGAGGUGAAAAACCUGCUACAUCCGCUCCUACAAGUAUCUCGGAAAUGAUUAAACUUUGUGAAGCUGACCCAGUUGAACUCCUUAUAGAUCUGGGAUUUGGCAUUGAUGAACCCGACAUCUGUACUAAAAUUCCCUCCCGCUUUAUCAUGACACCUUCUGAAGCUAAAGGAAUUAACACCCGUGUCUUCUUAGAGGCCCAAAAAAGACGGAUGGAAAUUGAGAGCCCUAAUUUAUGUGGUCGAUUCCGUCAGCUGGAAGUUCUAGAUCAAGUGACAACUGCAUUUUCAUCUUUGCUUAAAGAUGUUCAUAAAGAUGAAGAAAAGAAUGUGAAAAAAUCGACACUAUCCACGGAAAAACGAAAGCGAAUACGACAGCUUCUCUGGAAGUUUACCAGGCAGAUGAAAAUAGUUGAUGAGAAUCCAAUCCCUUGUAUGGUUAGCGAUGGACCAAUUGAGAAGCAAGACCAUUGUGAGCCAUUAAAAGAUACAGCAAAUCUAAAUGAUUUUAGCAAAAGAAGUCACAGAACAGAUAAGGAAAAUGCAGAGGAUUUAUCAAAAGAACAACUUCCAACCACAGACAAUGAAAAUGUCAGUCCUUUAAGGCCAGAAGCCUUGAGUGCACUGUCUGCACCUGUAAAACCAUACAAUAUUAGUGAAAUGGCUGGCAAAAUCAGAUCAUUGAGAGGCUCUAAAGUCCUUUCUAAAACAUUCAGAAAAGCAUCUGUCCAAAACAGACUCCAACCACCAGAUUCAUUUGAAUUGGAAGAGGUGCAGAGUUUUGAAGAGGACUACCCAAGGGCACUCAGUCAGGACAGAAUUUCAGAAAUAACACGAACAAACAGCUGCCAGUCUGACAGCAGUGGUUUUCAAGAGGAUCCUCCUGAACCUUUACCCUUAAAGAAUCUGCAUGGAAGUUCAGACAGCUUGGAUAGCCAGGUGACUCUCCAUGGGAAGAGCAGUUCUUCGGAAUUUCCAGAUAUCAGCGAAGAAUAUGAUGAUGUUCAAGACUUUACUGAUCCCCUGGUGACUGGGAAUGCUACAGUAACUUCUGCAAGUCAAAGCCCUCCGACAGACAAACAUUUAUACAAAUCACUAUCAAUGACUACAGAAAAUAGUGAUGACCUUUUCCAGAGUUUUGAAAGUCAUGGCGACAAUAUGAAGGGAAUGUACAAGCAGAUAUCAAUAUUAGAAGAUCCUGAGAAGGAACUGGAGGAAAUUACUAAUGGUGUAAGUUACUUUCAGGAUGGUGAACAAGAGGACCAGAUGGAUAACAGACAAACACAAACCCCGCUGUCCUCGGAAAUGGAAUAUCCAGUUUAUGUCACACAUUACUUAAGUGACAUCAGGAAAACCAAUCGUGAAUUCUCUAGUGAGACAAGUGAUGACCAAGACUGUUUUGGGGGACAUGUAAGUCAUCCUCAAGUUAAAAGUGAUAGUGAGAGUAAUUCAUUUGCAGAUGAUGAGUGUUCAGUAGUAUCAUCGAGUGUGAAAUGGACAUCAUCUCUCAUGAACAGUUCACAAAACUUCAGCUUCCAUGCACAGACCCCAACUGAGUCUGUAGAUUACUCCGACCAUGAGCUGCACUACUGCCACCAAGACAAAAAGAGUACAUUCCAAACAGAGUUAAACACAAACAUUUAUAAGUCGGUAACCAUACAGAUGUCUUCAAACUUGCUACAAGAUCCAGGCGAAUGCGCUAGUAGACAACAUUUCAGCACAAGCAAUAACCAAAAUGAAAUGCAUGCUUUGUUUUCUUGUGUGGCUGAUAGAAAAGAUGCUUGUAGUCAGACUGAGACAGGGUGGUUGAAUGGCUGCUAUACUAACAAUCAUCAAAGAAGCUGCUUUCUCACUGAGUCACUUUCAUUUGAUACGGGUCUAUGGGGCCACCGUCAUUCUUCACAUCCUGCACCUAAUAUUGCCUGCUGUCAUUGCUGCCACUGUCAUCACUGCUGCGUAUCAAGAUGUCCACCAAUGUCCAGACACAAUGUACCUAACAGACCUAGUUCUUCUUACGUCAAUAUAGAAAAGGAACUGUCAGACACACUAAGCUUGUUAAGGGAAUCACUUAUCAGUGUAUCUUUGAGUAGAGAUGAUGAUAUGGAUAACAUGAAAAAAGCAUGUCGGACGUAUCGAGAGAAGCUUUUAGCAAUUGAGCAACAUUUGCUGGAGCAACAAGCUGGCUGCUUUAAUAUCCUCACAAGUGAAGAAAGAGAAAAAAUUAGAAGACUGCAUGUGUUACGUCGAGAUGUCCUAAAAGAAGCAACAGAAUUGGAAUUUAAUUUGGAUGAAAGAGCACGCCAUGUCAAAGAAGCCAUUUCAGUGCAACUUGAACAGGUUUUGGAAGAACAGUCAAGACUCUAUUCUGAACUUGAUUUUUCUGAUUUGGAACUAGAAAGCAGUGCUGAAGGACACACCAAAAAUCUCUACAAAAGCCAAAGUGUUCCUUCUACUUCAGAUUUGAAUGUUCCUGAAGAAGAUCUUGAAAUCCAGGCUAUUUCAGAAGCAGGCAUACAGUCACAGAAAAUAGACUUCAGCACUAUUCUACAGAAUAUCAAGAAAACCUUCAGAAGUUUCAACAACUGAAAUGAAAAGAAAAGCCACAAACUGAAGAGGCCUUUAACGUCUUUAUUGCAGAUGUCAGUACAUGCAUCAGAAGUUUGCCCUUGUGAUAAAAUGUAUAUGCUGAUACCAGACGGUGUGGGAACUAUCCGUACAAACCAACUGCUGGGAAUAAGCAAGAAUCCAUUUAGAGUCUGUCAUUUUCAGUCAUUCUGCGCAGAUUCAUAUAUUUGCACUGAGAAAAAGGAACAAUAAAACGUCUUCAUUAAUUCUAAGUAGGAAGCAA